AUAGAUGCCCUGGAGAAAGAGUUUGAAAGGACUCAUUACCCAGAUGUAUUUGCUAGAGAGAGACUGGCUGCAAAGAUUGAUCUUCCAGAGGCCAGAAUUCAGGUAUGGUUCUCCAAUCGGAGAGCUAAGUGGAGAAGAGAGGAAAAGCUGAGAAACCAGAGGAGAUCAGGGGGCACCAGUUCCUGUUCUCAGACACAUACACCCCUGAGCACGUCCUUUACCUCCCCUGUAUAUCACUCCCAUCACAGCAACAGCUCCGGCUCAAUGCACAGUCGGAGUGAUUCGUCUCUCUCAGGCUAUAGCUCUCUGUCUGUCUUCUCCAGUAUGCAGGUAAAUCAUGAUGACCUUUCCUUGCUGUAUACCAUAUUAUCUUGAUAGGCAAGAUGUCUGACCAAAUGGACAUGUAAUUCUACAUCAGUACUGAAUAAUGUACCCAGUAAUUUUAGCUUUGACUGAUAAUACUGACACCUAGUGGCGCGCAAAAGCAAAAGUUUGAUGUUGCAAAUGCCUACCAACAUUCUUCAAAAUAACU